AUGGCCGGAAAUAUUCAUCCCAGGGCGGCUUUGCUUGAUCACGGACGCUCAGGCGGUGAUUUUGCUGCCGGUCCUCCGCCAUCAACCCUAGCUGCCCAGCUCGUGGAGAACAUUUCAGCAUCAACCAAAUCAUCUAGGUCGGACGAGAACAGUGAGCUGAAGGGUUUCUUCGCUAUCAUCCAACGCGUCAAAGAUGAUCCCGCACUUCUCAAGACUCCUGAGGAGCGUGUUGAAAACAAUCACAUGCUCCUUUACGUCUACGCUCGCGUUGUCCUGGAUGGCAUUCGGUUGGACGAUCCAUUCCUCGACUGGGCCCAUGUACGCAUCGAGGGCAUCAAGGCAAUCAACUUUCUCAAAUUCACCAUCAAGGAGACACCAUUGGUGCUCAAACACAAAGUGAAUGGUCAAGAAUUCAUGUUUCGCGGCCAAGAACCUCUGUGGGUCUGGUUGCUCCCUCAGCUGUUGAGGCUUCUUGGUCAUCCACAAUGCGUCGAGCUUACGGAGGGCAUUGAAGGUUUUCUUCAAUACUUGAUACUCACUGUAGCGCAGACACGGAGCUUGUGGGACUUGGCUCCUGCUAUCAUGCUCUAUCUGCGCACCACAUUGUCUCGUCUCCUUGACUACCUACAGAAUCUCUCAAUUGUGCCUUCUUCAGAAGGAAUCCUCAGGGACCUAUCCCUUCCUCCAGACUUUGCCGUAAGCCGACACUUGGGCGACGAUUUAUCCCGUCUCAACCAACUCACCUACCGCGUCGAACGAAUGCCACAGGCUCUUCAACAGUGCCUAAGCCUCGGAGAUGCCUUAUCCUAUCCCCUACUAUCCGGUGAUGUAGCGUUUGACAUGGUUUCGUCGUUCUCGGAGAGUGUGGUAUGGUUGCUCGACGCUCUCGUGGACAUGCGGUCUCUCCAGAAGCGCUACGAAUCUGUAUUUCCGGGCUCGCCUCUUCAUAUCAUUCAGAAAACCCUACAGAUUGUACGAGCGUUGUCCAAUAAGAAGGGAGUUGGCGUUUCACUUCGCAAUAAGGCCGUCACACUCCUUGUCUUAUUUUGCGGCGAGAUGGCAUCAAGUCCUGACAGCUCGCCAAUGCUUGACUCCACUGACGAGGAGACUCGUCGCACGUAUUGCGUGGCGCUUGCUACAAUCGCAAAGGCAUGCAUCGGCGAUAGACCCCUUGGUCGGUUAGCAGUAUCCAAGCUUGUGGACGAAACUUCUCUGCUGUACCCAGAGAUGCCAGCAGAAACAGAUAUAUGGAGAACGACACAAACUCUGCGACAAGUCACCGCCGUUCCCCAGCCGAAACUGCUUGACAACGACUUGCAUCCUUCAAAGUUUCAGGACGAGUAUGUGCGUGAGGCGAUCGAAACGUUGUCAAUGACCUAUAAGGAACCUGAUGUCGACCCCGAGGACCGGACCAAACGGAGAAAAGUCUCAUCCCAAGAUCAUAGCGCCAUGUCUGUCCUAGUGAAUUCGAUUAGGGAGAGCUUGGGACUUUCAAGGGAAGAUGAUGAUAACUGGGCGAAUUUCGAACAACAAUACCUGGAUGCGUUCCCGACGGUCGAUGAAACGCACCAGUGCCUUGCCCUUGAUCUUUUGUCACGAAUUUGCUGUCUUGCUGACAGUGAGCCCGAAUCGUCCGAUGCUGUUGAAACAAAGGCCGCUGAUUUACAGUGCCCCGUUUGUGAGACGAAUUCAUGGCUAGGUCGUACAAUUUCCCACGAGGCCAUCCUUCAUAGGUCUCAGGUUGAAGCUCUCUUCACAAAGUUGGUCCGUUUGCCUUCCAUCGCCGAGUCUCGCCGUCCAAGAGUUGCUGCUAUGCUGGCGCUGAGAAGAGUGGUCCAACAUUGCGAUGAUACAGAACUGCUUAACUUGGAAACAUCCGCAUUGGGUCAGUGGUGUCUUCAGUCUCUGAACAGUUCUUUAAGGGAACUCCGCAUUGCUGCAGGGAGGGUCCUGGCAACCUUCUCUCUUGACAGACCUGAGCCAGUUUUUGCACGUAUGGUACUCCCGACUCGUCACCCAGGUAGAAAGGGCAUCGCCAAUCAGCCCCUUACUGAUCUCCAAGCCGACGCUGCUCACGGUAGUGCACGUUCGAGCGCGACGGAUGGGACGUCUCCGAUGAAGCGCCAGGAUUUGGUGCAUCGCAACAGGAAGAAUUCAAUUGCCUUUCUCAAGUCGCUAUCUGAGAAGAACCGUGCCAAUCUAACAGAGACAUUCAUCAUGGCAUGGGGCCAGUUGGGCACAGUCGUGUGCGAAGACGAACUUAACAUGGUCCUCAUCAAGCUCAUGGAAUACUUGGGAAGCAGCAACAACAUCGUCUCGGCAUUCGCCUUCAAUGAGCUGUUGAAUUUGUCAGAAGCCCGCGGAGUAACACCCCGCGGCCUCUUUGAGCCUUUCUGGCCAAAUCUGGCAUACAUGGCGACCAAGGAUAUGGUUCAUCGUCCGCAGAUGAGCCGUGUGAUCGCUGAGUUACUGCAGGUCUCGGUUAACGAGCUGCUUCUUGUCAUCCAGACACACGCGGUACCAUGGCUAGUGCUUGACAAGCAGAAAGAUGUGAUCCAGAAGAUUUCAGAGGCCCGGCAGGACCCAAGAGAUUGGAUGGUGGUGAUGGAUCCCCCAAACCUAGCUGCCACUCUUGCUCUAUUGUUGAUCCAAGAGACUGAAGACAUUACUGCCUUUGCAAAGUCGCGCUUGAACGAAAUAUCGACUCAUUUUCACACUGCGCCCAUCAUUGAGCUUCUCCAGACAGAACCUGUUCUCACUGUUAUGGAGUUGCUGAAGGUGGCGGGCGAGGCAGACGAAUCCAAGAAGGCACCCGUCCGAAAAGCCUUGAACACCAUCGCUUCAAUGAUUCUAGCAGAGAACAAGGACGCCAGGGCGAUGAAGAAAGGGGAGAAAACUCCUCGAUUCAUUCAAUCUCAUCUUCUUGGCCUUAUGGCUCGCCUCACAGAAGUCAUCAAUGAUCCGAAUCUUCCAUUCCAAGAACGUCGGCGAUACAUUCGGGCUAUGGAACAAAUGCUGUGCGUGAUCAAGGACUCGGCAAGAUUUGCCAGGCCACAGAUUGCCGCCUGUCUACUAUCUACGCUGGCACAGGACACUCUGAGGGAAGCCAGUUUCUCCUGUUGGGCGGCAAUGCUGAACUAUUUUGAUGAAGAGGACGUCGAGCAGCUGCUGGAGACCACGUUCUACGUGGUUACCCAAUAUUGGGACUCCUUGAACGAGUCAACAGCCCUGCUUGCCAAGGAGAUGCUCCAGACCACCGUCAAUCGUUACGACGGCAUGAUCGCGAGAUAUAUCCUCAAGCUACCCUCCCUUCGCCACAUUCCCGAGCUAAAGGACGUGGAGACGAAGCUGGAACAACACCGACCAGCAACUCCACUAGUUGAGGAAACCCUAGAAGCCUUCUCCCAGCGGAUCAAGCACGAAAACUCAGGUGUUGUCCUCCAAGCACUGACAGAACUGGUCUCAUACCUUCAAACCAACCAAAACGCACUGCAUGCUUCCGCCGCCAGUCAGCAAUCAGACGCUGUUGUUGCAGCGCUUAUGCGAUCCCUUCUUGACUGCGUCUGCACGUACAACAACCUUCCAGGGGAGAUUGCUCCGCUCUGUACCGAGGCGAUGGGCCUAAUUGGGUGUCUGGAUCCUAGCAAGAUCGAGACAGUGAGGGAACAGCGGUCCGUGGUUAUCUUGAAUAAUCUGGAGACGUCCGAAGAAACCACAGACUUCGUCCUUUUUCUGUUGGAGCAUGAACUUGUGCCUGCAUUCUUGUCUACUACUGACAAUAAGUUUCAAGGAUUCCUGUCAUUCGCCAUGCAAGAGCUGCUCAAUCGCUGCGACAUCACGGCCGCGUGCGCCAUGGAAGGCACCGGCAUGCUCGGUGGCAGCGAGAUUUAUCGGAAAUACAUUGCGAUGCCAGAAGCUGUUCGAGAAGUGGUGGCCCCUUUCUUGGGCUCCCGCUAUGUUGUUGCGCCAAUGGCCCCUUUGGAGGUUCAGUACCCGAUCUUCAGUCCCCCUAAACCACAUGCGACCACUCCCCCGAAGCCGUAUGCAACCUGGCUAAGAUUCAUCGUCUUGGAUCUUUUACGAAAGGGACAAACCCCUUUUGCAGAUAUGAUCUUUGAGCCCCUUGCGCGUGUCAUUCGCGUCAGAGACGUCAUUAUCGCAGAAUACCUUCUCCCACACUUGGUUCUGCAUCUCCUUUUAGGAUCCAGAAGUUCCAAGAAAGAAAAGGACGACGUCCUCGGCGAGUUACUCAACAUCCUGAAGCAUCAACCUGCAGAGAACGCCUCGUAUCAGGAGAAGGAGGAAAUGAAGCGAUUUUGCCAUGUCGUUUUCCGGGUUGUGGACUGCGCAAUGAGAUGGAUCCAGACCAAAAGAGCCGCAGGGCGCCUCACCGAGUCCGACAAGGAGAAGUUGACCCAGGUCCAAGAAGCUCUAGAUAUGAUACCCGCCGAGUUAAUAUCAGAAAGGGCCAUCGAUUGCAACGACUACGCCAGGGCUCUCUUUCACCUUGAGCAACAUGCCCAAAAGAUGGAACAGAGAAAAAGAAAGCCGGAUGAGCGCACUCGCCUUCUCCAGAAGCUCCAGGACAUCUACGCCAAUAUCGAUGAACCCGAUGGGCUGGACGGAAUAUCGGCCCAUCUUCAUGUUCUCGACAUCAACCAGCAGAUCCUGAGCCACCGCAAGGCCGGAAGAUGGACUGCGGUACAGAACUGGUAUGAAAUGCAACUAGCAGAAAGCCCCGACAACGUCGAUUUCCAGAUCGACUUGCUUCACUGCCUGAAACAGGCUGGCCAACACGAGGUCUUGUUGAAUCAUGUUGAGGGAAUGCAUACCGAUGUUUCGACAGACAACAAGAUCAUGCCUUAUGCUGUGGAGGCGGCAUGGGUGACGGGCAGGUGGCAAAGUCUGGCCAAGUUCAGCAAACGAUUCCAUGGCGAUGUCGUCGAGGACUUCAACAUAUCGGUCGCGACCAUUUUUACCAAGUUGAGGAACAAGAGUGACUUUUCCGAGUUGACUCUCCUCGUGAAUGACAUGAGGAGAAAGAUUUCGGCAUCAAUGAGCACCUCAUCUACUGCAUCGCUCCAGGCUUGUCACGAUCUUCUCCUCAAGGCUCACAUCCUCACCGACCUGGAGAUAAUCAUGGCUACGCCAACAGAAGACGAGGUGGCGCGUCAGAAGUCCAUGUCCCUUUUGGAUCGAAGACUUGAGGUCCUAGGUGCCUAUGUGAACGAUAAGCAGUACCUUCUUGGGAUCCGCCGAGCAGCUAUGGAACUCAGCCGGCCAGCAUUUACUGACCUUGACAUCUCGGGCCUGUGGCUGUCAAGCGCACGGCUUGCGAGAAAGACGAAUUCGUUACACCAGUCGUUCAACGCUGUUUUACACGCCUCCAAGCUCGGCGACGAUGGUGCGGCCAUUGAGAAUGCCAAGCUGCUCUGGAGAGAAGAUCAGCACCGCAAGGCGAUUCAGAUUCUCCAGGGAGCUAUCAAGAGCAACAAGUUCAUGACACAAACAGGAGCUUCAAAUAGCACCAGUUCCACCAAAUUGAGCCCGCAACAAAAACUGCUGACAGCGAGGGCUCAACUCCUCCUUGCCAAAUGGCUCGACAGCGCUGGUCAAACGCAUGCCGGAGCCUUGCGCGAGAAGUAUCAACAGCCGCCCAAAACGUACUCCACGUGGGAGAAAGGACACUACUACCUUGGUCGACACUACAAGAAGAUCCUUGAGGCCGAGAAACCGCUCAAGGUUGAUGACCAGAGCGACAACUACAUUACGGGCGAGGUUGCUAGGCUUGUCAUUGAAAACUAUGUGCGCUCGCUGAACUCGGGAACGAAGUAUCUCUACCAGACUCUCCCGAGGAUCUUGACCCUUUGGCUGGACCUGGGAGCACAGGUGGACAAGGCACCCGAAGGCAAAGUCUCACUGUCUCGUGAGCUUCAUCGGAGACGCGUGGAACAACUGAAUCUUUUGCACUCUUUCCUCGACAAGUAUAUUCACCGAUUACCAGCGUAUGUCUUUUACACGGCAUUGCCGCAGAUCGUCGCCCGUAUUGCGCACCAAAACCCGAACGUCUUCGAUCGACUCACACAUAUCAUUGUCAAGGUUGUCGAGGCUCACCCUCGGCAGGCGCUCUGGAGUCUGAUCGGCAUCAUGACAACCAGACAAGUGUCGGAACGAAAAGCGCGGGGCACUCAGAUCCUCCAAGCAUUAAGGAGCGUAUCCAAGAAGGUAGAAGGCUCGACAUAUGACCUGAAGUACCUACUGAGGAUGGGAGAGAAGCUAGCUGAACAGCUACUUCUGGCGUGUCAGAAUGGAGACUUCCAUGGCAACAAGACGGUCCACGCCAGUCUCACUCGAGACCUUCGAUUCAACCACAAAUGCACACCCUGCCCGUUGGUCGUGCCUGUCGAAGGCUCUCUGACGGCGACACUGCCAGCUGUAUCCGAAUACGUCAAGAAACACAAGGCAUUUUCGAGAGACGUGGUGACGAUUGGGUCCUUCCUGGAUGAUGUUUUGGUGCUUAGCUCGCUUGCCAAACCAAGACGACUCACGGCACGAGGCAGUGAUGGAAAGCUCUACAUGCUCCUCAUCAAGCCAAAGGAUGACCUGCGAACUGAUCAACGUCUGAUGGAGUUCAACGGGUUAAUCAAUCGAUCGUUGAAGCGAGACGCCGAAUCUAGUCGAAGGCAGCUCUACAUCCGAACGUACGCAGUCACACCUCUCAACGAAGAGUGCGGUAUCAUCGAGUGGGUGCCGGGAAUUAAAACCAUGCGAGACAUCCUCAUUGGGCUCUAUGCUUCACGGAAGAUCUAUCCUGAUUACACUGUUCUCAAGCAGCUGAUGGACGAAGCCUGUCUUUCAGAUGGCAAGACAAGAGUGUUUACAGAUGAAGUUCUCGGUCGGUUCCCACCAGUGCUUCAGCUGUGGUUCACACAGCAAUUCCCCAACCCAUCGGCUUGGUUCAGUGCCCGGUUGCGAUACACACGCUCAUGCGCCGUCAUGUCCAUGGUGGGCACGAUUCUCGGACUUGGUGACAGGCACGGCGAGAACGUCAACCUGGAAGAGGGCAAUGGAGGAGUCUUUCAUGUCGACUUCAACUGCCUGUUCGACAAAGGUCUCACGUUUGCCAAGCCCGAGCGUGUACCGUUUAGGCUCACUCACAACAUGGUGGCUGCCAUGGGCAUCUAUGGCUAUGAAGGGCCGUUCCGCAAGUCGUGUGAGCUAACUCUAAGUAUCCUCCGACAACAGGAAGAGACGCUCAUGACAAUUCUCGAGGCAUUCAUCUAUGACCCGACGUUGGAUCUGCAGAAGGAGAAGCGGACGCAUCGAAGGGGAGACGUAGGCGUCAAGCUGCAGCCGCAGAGUGUGGUAGACAGCAUCAAGCGCAAAGUCAAGGGAUUGCUCCCGCACGAGAGCAUUCCACUAGGAGUCGAAGGACAGGUGGAGGAGCUGAUCAAACAGGCUGUUGACCCUAGAAACUUAGCAGCCAUGUAUAUUGGGUGGUGCCCAUUUCUUUGA